GUCGUUUUUCUCGUAAUUUCAGUGAUUUGUCAUUCAUUCGCCGGUGUUGCAAACCUCGAAGUCCUGGUUGCACAGUUUGGUUUGGGAAUAGGGAAGACAAACUGAGUGAAUAUAAGACAGAAAACUGACAACACAAAUUCACCUAGAGAACGCAGCGCCGUCUCAGUCGUAUCAAAGGUACCCAACAUGGCGGACAUCAUCAAAAUAAACAGCCCCAGUGUGAAGUAUACAGAGGAAUACAUUGAGUCCCAGUACUCCUACCACACCACAGCAGUGUCACGUGACAAUGGCUUCUACACGGUGACCCCCUGCACCACUCAUUUCACCUUUCGCACGGAACGUGCCCUCCCCAGACUGGGCGUUAUGCUGGUGGGCUGGGGGGGCAACAACGGCACCACCGUCACAGCAGCGGUCCUGGCCAACAAGCUGGGCCUGUCUUGGAGAACCAAAACUGGCAUGAAGAAAGCCAAUUACUUUGGCUCUCUGCUCCAGGCCUCGACUGUGUGCCUGGGUUCAGGGCCUGAUGGAGACGUCUAUGUGCCUUUCCGGGAUCUGCUGCCGAUGGUGCACCCCAAUGACAUUGUCUUUGAUGGCUGGGACAUUUCCUCCAUGGACUUGGGGCAGGCAAUGGAGCGGGCCCAAGUGCUGGACUGGGCACUGCAGGAACAGCUCCGCCCACAUAUGGCCAAGCUGAAGCCCAGACCCUCUGUAUACAUCCCUGAGUUCAUCGCUGCCAAUCAGGAGCAGAGAGCUGACAACCUCAUUGUGGGAACUAAGGCAGAGCAGGUGGAGCAGAUCCGCAAAGAUAUCUGUGACUUCAAAGAGAAGAGUGGUGUGGACAAAGUCAUUGUGCUGUGGACUGCCAACACUGAGCGCUUCUGUGACAUCAUUCCUGGAAUCAAUGACACUGCUGACAACCUGCUGGCUGCUAUCCAGACAGGAGCAGAGGUGUCCCCCUCCACACUUUUUGCAGUUGCCAGUAUUCUGGAAGGCUGUGCGUACAUCAAUGGUUCCCCACAGAACACCUUCGUCCCUGGGGCUGUGGAGCUGGCUGUUCAGCGGGGGGUCUUCAUUGGAGGAGAUGACUUUAAGUCUGGACAGACCAAGGUCAAGUCUGUGCUGGUGGACUUCCUAGUCAGUGCUGGAAUCAAGCCCACCUCCAUUGUCAGCUACAACCACCUAGGCAACAACGACGGCAUGAACCUGUCUGCGCCACAGCAGUUUCGCUCUAAGGAGAUCUCCAAGAGCAACGUGGUGGACGACAUGGUGCAGUCCAACCCUCUGCUGUAUGCCCCCGGAGAAAAGCCUGACCACUGUGUGGUGAUCAAGUAUGUGCCCUAUGUGGGGGACAGUAAGCGGGCCAUGGAUGAGUACACCUCCGAGAUCAUGAUGGGUGGCAUCAACACCAUUGCUCUGCACAACACCUGUGAGGACUCCCUGCUGGCCAGCCCUAUCAUCCUGGACCUGGUCAUGCUGACAGAACUGUGUCAGAGGAUCACCUUCUGCACAGACCGUGACCCUGCCUUCCAGACCUUCCACAGCGUGCUGUCGCUGCUCAGCUACCUGUGCAAGGCCCCUCUUGUGCCCCAGGGCGCCCCUGUGGUCAAUGCAUUCUUCCGUCAGCGUGCCUGCAUUGAAAACAUCAUGAGGGCUUGCCUGGGUCUCCCCCCACAAAACCACAUGCAGCUUGAGCACAAGAUGCAGAGGAGCUUCCUGACCAGCUCCGACAGCCACAUCAACAUCACGGCUCCCAGCCCCAAGAGCACAGCCGCCCUUCGCAAUGGGUAUCACACUCCAAUUAUGAAUGGAAUUCACCACAACGGCAUCACUGCACAUCAUUAAAGCACAAAAGAGGUUUCCCCAAAGGCAAAGUUGAAAAAACGAUUUGCCUGUCACAGGGUGAUGUAGUUUGAUCCAUACCUGAAUUUCCAGCUACAGGCUUGUGUGACAAAUAUUGGAUCAUUUCCAGUUUCUGCACAAUACCAUUGUAUUGAUUGUAUUGCUGUCCUAUUGACUAGCAUUGUGGCAGUUAGAAAUACUUGAAUACAGAAAAAAAUAUUUUUGAGAUAUUUAGCUGCAGUUUUUGAAUUCUUAGUCCUACUGCAACAGCUACUUUCAGUUCAUUUAGUGGCUUUACUGGAAUAGUCUGAUUUUACAUUUAUAGUGAGAACUGUGCACCAUUGUGAUAUGUACUAUUUAAAAUAAUCUACCACAGCUUACUGCUGCCUCAAGCAUUCUGUUCAAGAGCAGUGAUUGAAAUGUGGCACUUCUUAACACUGGUUGACAUAGAUGUAGGGCCUUUUAUCUGUGACUGUUUUGUGAAGCCAUUAUUAAGCAGUUUGAAUUUCAUUUAUUGAGAUACUGAGUAACAUGAAUGCAAGUGCAUAGUGAUUUGAUUCUAAGUGAGCUUUGAAUAUGCAAGCUAUGGGUAUAUGUAGGACUGCAAACACCAGAGUGAUUAGUAGCCUUGACUGGAGUUUGCCCGGCUGGGUUUAACAUUAGAGCAUUUUUUUUCAAUGUGUUGCAUUAACCUUUUCCUGUAUUUUAAAAACUCAGUGUUCUUUUAUAUGACAAGACAGGUAGUGUGCACAUCUUGAAAAUAAAUCCAUU